UGGAAUAUUUUUGAAUGAAAAUUUGACCAAAAGCAAAAGCUGCUUCAGAAGCUUCAAAAGCUUGUUGUUAUCAUGUUAUGCUAUGUUAUCUGAAGCCGCAACAAAAUUCAUAGGAAAACAACCUGAAAAGUUUUCGCUUCAUCAUACAUAGGACUCUGUUUCAAACAUUGACACUCUUCAACUCUCUCUCUCUCUCUCUCUCUCUCUCCCUCUGCCAAUGAAGCAGAGGAGAAGAAACUGUUGCUACCCAUCACGAAGAUGAAGGACAAUUCACCCUCCUUCGUUGCAAUCACCUUCUUCACUCUCUCCGCCGUCGUUUUUCUCCUCUCUGCAUUGCCGUCAUGCUCUGCUUUUGGCUCCGGCACCACCCUCGCCGUCGUCGACUCCUCCGCCACCGUCUGCGGAGUAGUGACGGGGAAGCCGGAGCGGCGCAUUGAGUGCUACCACCGCGGCCAGACCAUCGCCGCGGAGCCGAAUGUCUCGUUUUCCUCGAUCUCCGGCGGGAGGAGCUACUUCUGCGGUCUCCGGUCCGGCAACUACAGCCUCCUAUGCUGGGACACCGCCGUCUCCGACGGCACGAGCUUUGAAGUGAAGAGGCUCUACUACAACAACAAUGGCACUGUUUUAUUCGAGAAUCUCGCCGUCGGUGACACCCAGGUCUGUGCCACCGUCGUCGGCGUUGGGAGCGUGUCGUGCUGGAGAAUCAAUGAGCAGUUCAAUUUGACUUCUGGCUCGGAGCGGUUUUCGUCUAUCACAUCCGGGUCUGGAUUUUCCUGCGGGAUUUUGAAGAGCGAUUCUCGCGUUCGGUGUUGGGGGAAUGUGGCUUCUGCGAGAAAGAUGGAGAAUGCGUUCAAGAAUAUGUCAAUGGUGAGUCUUGUUUCUGGGGAAUUUCAUGUUUGUGGGUUGAAUUCAACUGGGUUUUUAGUUUGUAGAGGAAAUAACAGUUUUGGUCAAAUUGAUGUUCCUCAUGGAGGGUCUUUUGAGUAUUCUGGGUUAGCAUUAGGAGCUGAACAUAGUUGUGCUAUUAUGAGAUCAAAUGGUUCUGUUGUUUGUUGGGGUGGUAGAGGAUUGUUCAAUGUUAGUGUCACAAAAGGUGUUUCCUUUGAGAUCAUUGUUUCUGGGUUGAAUUUCACUUGUGGAUUGACAACAGACAAUUUCUCUGUUAUUUGUUGGGGCCCUGGUUGGUCUAAUGAUUCUGGUUCAGGUUCUAAGCUUCCCUUGGCUCCAAUUCUUCCAGGGCCUUGUGUUCAAUCCUCAUGUAGUGAAUGUGGUAUUUAUCCACAGUCUCAAUCCUUGUGUUCCGGCUCUGGUAACAUUUGCAAGCCACAGCCUUGUUGGCCUCAAAUGCCAGGGCCGGAGCCGCCAGGGAUACCGCCACCGCCGGGGGUGAGGGCAUCAAAGACCUUGACAAGGGGCUUGUUGGUGUUUGCAAUUGUUGGAUCAGUGGGAGGUGUGGCUGGAAUUUGCACAGUACUUUAUUGCUUGUGGACUGGUGUGUGUUUUGGAGAUAGGAAAAUCCACAAUUCUGUCCAACCAAGAAUCACUAGAGGUGGAAGUUUGAAUGGUGGGGCUGGUUCACAUCAUAGUCCACCUUCAAGAUCAUCCACCAUUCGGCGUCAAGGUUCAAGGAUAAUGCGGCGGCAGAGGAGCGGAACUUCAUCAACAAAACAUCCUGACAGGGCAGAGGAGUUCACCCUGGCUGAGCUUGCUGCAGCCACUGACAGUUUCUCACUAGAGAACAAGAUUGGUUCUGGAAGCUAUGGUGUUGUGUAUAAAGGCAAGCUUGCUGACGGCCGCGAAGUGGCGAUCAAAAGGGGUGAAACCUGUACCAAGAAGAUGUUUCAAGAGAAAGAGAGUGCAUUUGAGUCAGAAUUGGAAUUCUUGUCUCGGCUUCACCACAAGCACUUGGUUAGGCUAGUUGGGUUCUGUGAUGAAAAAGAUGAAAGGCUCUUAGUCUAUGAGUUCAUGAAGAAUGGGGCACUGUAUGAUCAUUUGCAUAGCAAAGACAAUGUGGACAAGAACAGCAGUGUGUUGAAUAAAUGGAAAAUGAGGAUCAAGGUCGCGCUGGAUGCUUCGCGAGGAAUUGAGUACCUCCACAACUAUGCAGUUCCAUCCAUUAUUCACAGAGAUAUCAAGUCCUCCAACAUUCUCAUUGACGGAAAUUGGACAGCAAGAGUGUCUGAUUUCGGAUUAUCAUUGAUGAGUCCGGAAUCUGAUCACGACUACCAGCCGAUGAAGGCGGCCGGAACAGUUGGAUACAUUGAUCCUGAAUAUUAUGGUCUAAAUGUGUUGACAUCAAAGAGUGAUGUCUAUGGGCUUGGAGUGGUUUUGCUGGAACUGUUAACAGGAAAGAGGGCUAUAUUCAGGAAUGGUGAGAAUGGAGACACCCCAGUGAGUGUGGUGGACUUUGCAGUGCCUGUGAUCAUGACCGGGGAAUUGGCGAAAAUCUUGGAUCCCCGGGUCGCUCCGCCGGAGCUGAAUGAAACAGAAGCAGUGGAGCUUGUGGCCUAUACUGCUAUGCAUUGUGUGAAUUUGGAAGGGAAGGAUAGGCCAACAAUUUCUGACAUUGUGGCAAAUUUGGAGCGCGCUUUGUCUCUCUGUGAUAGUAGCCAUGGCAGCAUUUCCAGCGCUUCACUCUCUAUUGUAUCUGACUGAUAUGGUAUACAAACCCUGGAAGGGAAAGGGAAACAAAAUUGAAAAUGUUUCCUGAUUUUUAUAGAUUCUUUCUGAUAAAUUAUAUGGGGUAUACUCUUGGACUAGGAAUCUCUUUUUAAGUUCUAACAUUGAGGCUGUAGUGUAGAAUUUUGCGAAACACUAGCAGCCAGUAAAAUUGAUGGUUUACAGAUUUUUCUUUUGGAGUUUACUUUUGGCUAGCCUUUACUUUUCACAUGGAAUUUACACCCUGCAAUUUUUAUAUGCCUUGCAUAUUACAUAACAGGUUAAAGCAUCAUUUGUGAU